AUGUCGGCGCAAGCGAGCCGUACAAAAAAAUCAGAUCAAGACCAGCGAGCGGCUGAUCAAGCACUGCUUAAUGUAACGUAUUUGCAUAUUCCAAAAUCUUCGAAAGGUAUUUUAGGCUGCAAUCCAAGACAAUGAUAUGGAACAAGACGAAAACUUCACUGUUAUUGAUAAACUCGAGGUGAGGCUCACGAUGAACGAUAAAACAAGUGUUUCUUGUUUCAGUCGACUGGGAUCAGUUCGGGAGAUAUCGCCAAGCUGAAGGAAGCUGGAUACUACACUUACGAAUCACUGGCUUUCACUACAAGACGUGAAUUGCGAAAUGUGAAGGGAAUUAGCGAUCAGAAAGCCGAAAAAAUUAUGGUGAGUGGGGGAAAAAAGAUGGAAGGAGGCGUAACAGCUGCAAGGUCGAACUGUCGGAAGAAAAGAGCAGCUGGGGCAUGCGAACCGAAAGACACACAUAUUUACUAUUAGAAUAUAAAUGACAGUCACUUCAAAAUUGAAAUCGUUCAGAAAGAAGCGAUGAAAUAUGUUCAAAUGGGAUUCACCACUGGAGCCGAGGUGCAUGUCAAACGAAGUCAGCUGGUGCAGAUCAGGACUGGAUCAGCUGCCCUUGACCGACUUUUGGGUGGCGGCAUCGAGACGGGAAGUAUCACUGAGGCGAGUAGGGCAAAACGAUCAAAACUCAUGACUGAAUGAUUGCAGGUGUACGGAGAGUAUAGAACAGGAAAGACGCAGCUGUGCCACAGUCUGGCGGUCCUGUGCCAGCUGCCGAUUGAUAUGGGCGGCGGCGAAGGAAAGUGCAUGUACAUUGACACAAAUGCCACGUUCCGUCCAGAGCGGAUAAUUGCCAUCGCCCAGAGGUUCGUAUGGGUCCAAGAUUACCGUCAAUGUAGUUGUUCCCUCGUUCAGAUACAACAUGGACAGUGCUCACGUUCUGGAAAACAUCGCUGUCGCUCGUGCAUACAACUCUGAACAUUUGAUGGCUCUCAUUAUUCGAGCGGGUAAGGGAGUUACUGAUAAAAGUGACUGAUAAAAGUGACCGAUAGUGACCGGUGAAACCGGUGAAUAGACAGCGCGCACGUCACGAUAGAGCGUUGGAAUAAAUGAAUUAAUUAGAGAAAGAAGAUCGAACACAGAUUUCCAUUUUCCAGGAGCGAUGAUGUCGGAGAGCCGCUACGCUGUCGUCAUCGUCGAUUGUGCCACUGCUCAUUUCCGAAACGAAUACACUGGAAGAGGAGAUCUGGCAGAGAGACAGACCAAACUUUCCGCGUUCCUGAAAUGCCUCGCAAAAUUGGCUGACGAGUACGGUGUUGCUGUCAUUAUCACUAAUCAAGUUGUCGCUCAAGUCGACGGGGGCGCCGGAAUGUUCCAGGCGGACGCCAAGAAACCGAUCGGAGGACACAUCAUAGCUCACAUGUCCACGACCAGGUUAUCAGUGAAUUCGAGACAACUCGUUGAUUAUACUGGUUUACAGAUUGUAUUUGCGGAAGGGCAAAGGGGAGAACCGCGUGGCGAAGAUGGUGCAAUCUCCGAACCUUCCGGAAGCCGAGGCGACCUACUCGAUCACGAACCACGGAAUUGAGGACGCGCGUGAGGACUAG